AUGCAGCCGGCCUCCAAUAUUCCUUCUCGCUCCCAGCGGAGCCCUUCAGCCCAGCAUUUUCCGUCGGGCUCUGGAAGUAGCAUCGACUCUGCCAUGACUUCGCAAUCUUCUGCACCACGCAGUUCAUCCAGCUCCGGAAGGUCACAAUCUAGAAGUGCGGUGCCCGAUAAGCAGAUCUCCCAAAUCGAAAAGAGCGUCACACAUCUCCUGGUUGCUACGAAACAGUUGUUGGAAACGUUAACACAAUGGUCCCGCACACAAGCAUCGGAAAACGAGGUUUCCGACGUCUAUGUGCGGCUAGGCUAUGAAUUCAACCUGGCCUGCCGUGCUUUCAACGCGAUCGGGGUUGAUACCUCAGACCUAGGCCCCGUUCCGGAUCUUCUCCGCACUAUCCUCGAAGAUACCCUUAGCCAGGAUGCGUCCCCACAGAGCCUCGACCGUUACCUUCCACGCAUUCGUGACAUCAUCAUCAGUCUCUUGCAUGGCCUCAAGAAGAAGCAAGCGCGUUUACGGUCACGGCAGCAGAGAGAGGAGGCUCGAGCCGGACCGGGUCGACAGGCGAGCGCGGGAAGCGCCAGCAGUGGACAGGCCGCGGUGAAUCAGGCAUACGAGGAAACAGCUUCUACAGUUUCCUCGCCAAAGCGGCCAGGUCAUCGUUACGGGAGCAAUGGUUCGAUUGAUGAGCCGCCAAAUGCCAUGGCUCGAGCUUCCCCAACUCCAUCAACCUCUAGUGACAUGCGCGGCGCGAGCUUCUCCGAGCGGGAAGCGUCACGACGCGAAGCACAGAUGACCCUGUCACAGCCUUCGCAUCCGGAGACGACGAUACUCCCCAAGGGUCCUGAGUCGACAUCGACCAACGCCCCUAGCUAUCCCACUCCGCCACCCCCUCCUCCGAAACAAGACGAUGCCAUCGGUGCGUUGCAGAGAAGUGGCGAACUUGAACGCCGUGCUUCCCGAAGGUUCUCCGCCUAUCAGAUACAAAAACACCUGGGUGCAUCAUCCAACGGGGUCCCUGUCCUGCCCACUCAGAAUUCUCCCAUCCCAAACCGAGGCCGUGAUGUUCGUGAAUCCCUAAAUGCGGUGCGUCUGCGUGGGUCGUACUCCCAUGGUAGACAGCGGUCGACAAAUCGAGCGAAUGACGCUGCGAGCGCCAAAAGUGCGCAGCCUCCGGCUGUGUCAAGUGUACCCAAGAUCGAAGAAGAACGCACAUCAUCCCGGGGCGCAUCUCUGGCAGAACUAUCAGCCGACGGAGUGGACACGGAGGAUAGAUCCCAUCUUCGCCCCGGUAAGGGAACCCCGGGAAAUGCCCCAACCGGGCCACUACCUGAAUUGCCUCGACCGCCAGAAGAGCCAUCACUCGCCGAGGAGUUUGAGUCAGUUAGCGACACCACGGAUGCUGUGGCUGCUCCCACCACACCCAAAUCCGAACAACGACCGACCCCUACAUCCAUCUCUACAUCACCUCAAUCCUCGCAACUAGCCGCAGAGCAACCAUCCCCGGCGAAGGAGCUUACCCUAUUCCUACAAUACAAGAGCAAAAUCAAGAAGUAUGUGCUUCCCGAAGGAUAUGCUGGCCUGACCAUUGGACGGCUCCAGUUGGCCUUCAUCGAAAAGUUUGCCUGGAAUACGCACAACAACGGCGUGGAUCUACCGGAGAUUUAUAUUCAAGAUACAGUUUCCGGCGUGCGUCACGAGCUGGAGGACCUUGGGGACGUGAAGGACCGCUCGGUCCUCGUGCUGAAUGUGGAUAUCCUUGAUGAGGUGAAGAAGCAUUUCGAUGACGAGUUCGGUGGAGUCCGCCGCUUGAUCGAGGGAGUCCGGGGCGCUCUGGAAGGGCAGGAGAGCAUGAUGCAGCGUGUGUCGGAACGCCAGCUCGACGCGGCGAAGGAGAUAGCUCGUCUUGCUGUCGCACCCCCGGUCUCUAGUACCGCUCCGGCUGGGGCCACCCGCAAGGGUCCGAUCACGGGCAGUGACAGCCAAGUGGCGGAGCUCCAGAGUUUGAGGCGUGAUCUGGCCGUGCUGCGCCAGACGUACUCGAACUUCUCCUCCGACAUCGCCAGCUCGAUGAGUGCCAUCCGCGCCAAGGCUGGCAAUGUCAAGAGCGUGGCAGCGGAUGUUUCAGUGCCGUCCUUUGAAGGGGACGCGGGUCGUGCACGGGUCAACUCCGGAAAGAAAGAACUGGCGGAAGAGUCGGAGCGACUGGUGGCACGGGUUGACGACCUCCAAGAUCUGGUGGAGGAUCUGCGGAAAGAUGUGGUGACUCGCGGAGUGCGACCUUUGCCGCGACAGUUGGAGGGCGUCAGCAAAGAUAUCAGUGCAGUUACCAAGGAGAUCAAGAAGAUGCAGGAGUUCCUCAGGCGGGAGAAGCCCAUCUGGACCAAGAUCUGGGAGAAGGAGUUGCAGCAGGUGUGUGAGGAGCGGGAUCAGCUCACUAUGCAGGAGGAUCUUGCGGCAGACCUUCAGGACGACCUGGAGAAAGCAGCGCAGACGUUUGGCCUGGUGGAGCAGGCCACGAAACAGCAGGCGAUGCAGAACGCCACGGGAGGAGGAGGUGGUGGUAGUGGUGGAGGAGUAUUGCGCAGUGCAUCACGGAACGUGGUGAUCGACCCGGCGAUGGACCCGAUGAAGGCGAAGGACAACGUGCUGGGGGAGGUGCGUGCGCUGCAGCCGAACCACGAAUCGCGGUUAGAGGCCAUCGAGCGGGCAGAGAAAGCGCGACAGAAGGAGCUCGAGAGUCGACGGGUCGGUCUCUUCCAGAAGGAGCUAGGGACAUUCGUGGAAGAAGGCAAGCUGAAGAAGAGCGGGGGGGUGGAGGAAACGGAGCGACUACGACGGGCCAAGGACGAUCGAAUCCGAAAGGAAGUAUGGGAGAGGCAGCAAGCGCGCGCGGUGGAGAUAGAGAAGGUGGAUAAUCCAGAGGCAUCUACGGCAGCGGAUGGAGUGGAUGGCGUGGACGGAGCAGAUGGAGUGGAUGCAGUAGAUGGAGAGACAGUGGACGAGCAGAAGGUGGCCAAGGAUGAAGAGAUGGAGACAGACGGGGUAUGA